AUGUUCAAAAGUUUGCUCAACCGUCAUUUCGAAGCCAAGCACCUGAAGAUCAAGCCGUUCAAAUGUCAGUACUGUGAUCAUCGGUCGACUGAGAGGGCGGCACUGCUGACUCACGUGCGGUGCGUGCACACCGGCGAAAAGCCAUUCGCGUGCUCGCAGUGCGGUGUUCGCUUCAGCACCCAGUCGAUCUUGAAGCGACAUCAGAAGGUGCAUACCGGCGAAAGACCCUACAUGUGCGAUGUGUGUGGUGCCGCGUUUCCGGAAAAGCGUGAUCUGAAGGUGCACAGGUACAAGGUGCAUGACAAAGUGCGCCCGUUUCACUGCGGUCUGUGUUCUGCAUCAUUCUACCGCAAGGACAACAUGUACAGCCACCGUCGCGUUGUGCACAAGUGGCGCACUUGA